AUGAACCCAGCAAAAGUAGUGGACAAAGUGAUGCUCUGUUUGGCACAGUGUAGGUGGCUGGUAACAUCCAAAUGUACCCAAGACUCUGGCUCAGAGAAGAUUGUGUUGAAGGUCAUGGAAGAGAGCCGGAAAGGGAUAGUGACACAGGAGGAAGACCCUGCAGUGGGGGAAAGGCAGGAUGGUCAGCAAAGGGGCCCUGAUGGCACUGGGAGAGCACGGUCUGCAUUCAGGCCCCUCGGGGUGCCUGCAGGGCUCUCUUCCUUUGUGCCCAGGCCUGGACCACUGAAGAGAAGCCUCCAUUCCAAGAGCUCAGAAGACAGUUCCACCAAGACACCCCAGAACUCCUUUCUGAGCUCACGCAUCAAACAAAAUGCCAUCACAAGCUCAUACAGCUCCACCCGAGGUUUCCCACCACUGCAGAGGAGAAGGGGUCAAGCCACAUUGCAGUCCUGCCUGCCCCGGAGCUCCACAGAGAAAGUGAGCAUGGAGGGCCAUUGCUCUAGCUCCACAGAGAAGGCGAGCAUGGACAUCCAUCAGUCUAGCUCUGCAGAGAAAGUGAGCACGGAGGGCCAUCGGUCUAACUCUUUAUCUUCAGAGUCAUCUCAGAGGAAGAUCCAGCGUGAACAGGUUGCAAAUAUGACUUCACAGCAGAAACAGAGCUCAAGCAAUGGCUCACCCCCAUCUGAUAGUUCUAGGCCCAGGAAGCGUAAGAUUCCUCUCCUGAGACUUAGGAGAGGGGACCCUCUGGUGCUGCCUCCAGCCCCCCAGCCAGGUUAUCGAGUCACUGCUGAAGACCUAGACCGGGAGAAGAGAGCAGCACUCCAGCGCAUCAACAUCGCGUUGGGGGGUAAGCCUCAAGCCAUCUCUGACUACAGCACCACACAGCCUUCUAGAAAUUACCCCAGGCCUGCUGCAGAGACUGCUCCUCCACCAGCUGCCCCUGCAGACCCCAGCAUUAAAUCAAAGAAGAAAGGAGGGAGGAAGAAGCAGGACUCCCCAGGCCCUGGCGGAGUCUGGGAUUGGCCAUCCUGCAAUCUGCUGGAAUGGCUACCCCUAUAG